UGCGGUACCGCAGAAGAACAGGCCGUCAUGGGUGUUUAUGAUGUUGCACGAGACCGUGCGGCGUACAAAUGCAAUGCUCUCGCGCCUUUUCCUGCGCACCUCCAACUUUUACCACAUUACAUGAGGUGCGGGCGCGCGCGCGCGUUCAUAAAGCUGCUGGAGAGACGGGAAGCGCCGGGGAAGGAAGCUGCUCGGCGGUCCUCUCCCACACGGGGAAAGCCACCCAGUCCCAACCCAAGAGAAACAUGUUCGCGGUUCAGCAGGAGCGUCCCGCCAACCCCGUGUUCGGAGCUCAGGGAGCAGGGGCCGGGUCCUCGUCCCUCCGUCUCCACGGCAACAGCCUGCACAGGGCCAGCAGGAAGGACGGCAAUUUCAACUUCCUGGGACACGAGGAUGAGGUGCUCGCGGGGGACGAGAACCGCAACCAGCUGCGCCUGCGGCUCCAGAGCUCCCAGGGACGCGAGCUCUUCCUCCCCGCGACGCACCUGGGCUCCGGCCUCCUGUCUCCGCUGUCGCGCCUGCCCUCCUGGAGUCCCCUGGAGCCCCUGCCCGAGGUCGAGGUGGGCGAGGACGGCUGCGGCAGGGUGCCCCCCGAGGGGGCCGAGGGCAGAAUGGAGGAGGAGACGGGGAGGGGGACGGAGGACAAAAAGGCGGGCGAGCAGGAUAUGGAGGGAGGGGACGAGGACGAGGACGAGGAGGACGGGGCGGAAGAGUGGGCCGAGAGCGACUCGGAGUUCGACUUCAGCUACAGGUCCAGCAGCAGCAGCAGCUCUCUGAGCCUGGAGGCCCGAGAGGAUCCUGGGAAGGCGGGGCUCGCCACCAAGUGGGAGCGUGUCUGCGUCGGGGGGACUGCGGGAGGGGCCACGGAGGAGGCGCCGCAGCGGGUCGCUGUGUCCAGGAGGCGCGGCAGCGCCGGAGAUGGCCAGAGCCCCGCGGAGAGCAAGAGGCGUGAGGAGGGACGCCUGGACGAGGACCUUUCCUCGGACUCGGACUCGGAUUCGGACGCGGACGCGGACGCGGACCCGGACGCGGACCCGGACCCGUGCGCUGACCUGCCCGAGCUCAUGGAGGCCGUGUGGACCCUGCAGGACUGGGAGAAGUUCAAGGCCCAGGAGAUGGAGAGGCACCAGGUGCAGCUCACCAUGUACCGGCGGCUGGCGCUGAUCCGCUGGGUGCGCUCCCUGCAGGGCCGAGUCCAAGAGCAGCAGAACCGCCUGCAGUCCAGCUUCGACGUCAUCCUCACGCACAGGAAGGAGCUCCUCAGGAUGGGCGUGAGCGUGGCCCCGCCCACCGCUGCCGUCAGCCAAUAGCAGGCAAGGGACGGGGACCGGGCCUGGCGCUCAGCCCUCCAGAUGGCCGCAGAGACAAGUAGCACUGUGGUUUGGACGUUCGCACGACGAGGACCCUCUUUGUCUCAGGGAGGGUCGGGAGGACCCUCUUCGGGAGACGCUCCCAAGAUGCUUCACCUCACAGUCUCGUCCCAGUCGCUAAAAGAGCGGCGCGUUUUCCGGUGUGUUUGCCGCCACGUUGGACUUGUGUUCCGAAGUCCUUCCUGCGUCCGCUGACAUGAGACGUCGGCGCCUCCUUCAGUCUGUCUGUCCCGUCAGGGAAACUCUUGGGCUGAACCUGCUCGACCCCCUUACCCUGUUCACAAGUGUAACGCAUAUCGUAUUGGAAAGUGAAUCACAUGUAUCAUCUUUAAUUAAAAAAAUAUAUAUAUAUAUGUCUAUAAAUGUUGCUUAUUGUAUGCCUGAAAGUGUGUCCUUUUGUCAUGUAAUAAAACAUUGU